AUGGCGUCCGUAUACAAAUCAGUCGCCAAGCAAAAGGCGAAUGGCAGAUCAAAAGACGACGACCCCGACAACAAGCCAAAGAACAGACAGAGAGUCCUCAUUCUAAGCUCCAGAGGUGUCACAUACAGGUAUCCCUACCCAUCUUUCUUCUGAAUGUGCCCUCAUAUACUAAUCGCGGUCCCUUUUCUAGACACCGACACCUCCUCUCCGAUCUCCAUUCCCUCCUGCCGCACUCCCGCAAAGACGCAAAACUCGACACAAAGACCCACCUCCAUCAACUAAACGAACUCGCCGAUUUGUACAACUGCAACAACAUCCUCUUCUUCGAAGCCAGGAAAUCAAAAGAUCUCUACCUAUGGCUAUCUAAACCUCCAAAUGGGCCCACCAUCAAAUUUCACUGCCAAAAUGUCCACACGAUGGAAGAGCUCAACUUCACCGGGAAUUGCUUGAAAGGUUCAAGACCAAUCUUGAGCUUCGACAAACAUUUCGAAGGACAGGCGCAUUGGAAGGUCGUAAAGGAGUUGUUGACACACACAUUCGGCGUUCCGCAGAGUAGUAGGAAGAUCAAACCUUUCGUGGAUCACGUCAUGGGUUUCACGAUUGCGGACAACAAGAUCUGGAUACGAUGUUAUCAGAUCCAGGAAACUGAGGCGUCGAAGAAGAGCAAAGACGGAGAGGCAGCAGAGGAGGCUCUUUCGCAACCCGUGGCUAAGACUGGAUCGAAGGGAGAAACUCACAUCUCUCUCGUCGAGAUUGGUCCACGGUUCGUCUUGACACCAAUCGUGAUUUUGGAGGGAAGUUUUGGUGGCCCGGUCAUCUAUGAGAACAAGGAGUUCGUGUCGCCGAACCAAAUCAGAGGAGAUUUGAGGAAGGCAAAGGCUGGACGAUACAACAAGCGUGCUGAAGCGACACGUGAUAGGAAGGUCAAGAAGAGGGACAUGGGUCUCAGGACAGGCGAAGGAACGAGGGAGAUUGAUGAACUGGACGACAGGGUUGUCUUUGCGUAA